UGUGUGUGAGCGCACCUUAUUAAAUAAAGUUUUUUCCUGUUUUGAAGCGCGUCCUCUUCCGUUGUCAAUAUGGCGGAAUACGAUCUGACCACCCGAAUAGCCCACUUUUUGGAUAGGCAUCUCGUUUUCCCACUGCUGGAAUUCCUCUCAGUAAAAGAGAUCUACAAUGAGAACGAGCUCCUCCAUGGAAAGCUGGAACUCCUCAGUGACACCAACAUGGUGGACUUUGCCAUGGAUGUGUACAGGAAUUUAUAUCCUGACAAAGAAAUACCCAACUCUCUCAGAGAAAAGAGGACUGAAGUUGUGGCUCAACUGAAACAGCUGCAAUCUGAGACCGAGCCGAUUGUGAAGGUGUUUGAGGACCCAGAGACCAUGAGGCAGAUGCAGUCAACAAGGGACGGGCGUAUGCUGUUCGACUAUUUGGCUGACAAGCAUGGCUUCCGUCAGGAGUAUUUGGACACCUUGUACCGAUAUGCCAAGUUCCAGUACGAGUGUGGGAACUACUCAGGUGCAGCGGAGUACCUCUACUUCUUCAGAGUUUUGGUCCCCUCAACAGACAGAAAUGCGCUGAACUCUUUGUGGGGCAAGCUGGCCUCAGAGAUCCUGAUGCAGAACUGGGAAGCUGCCAUGGAGGACCUCACCCGCCUGAGGGAGACUAUCGAUAACAAUACAGUAAGUUCUCCUCUUCAGUCUCUCCAGCAAAGGACUUGGCUGAUCCACUGGUCUCUCUUUGUGUUCUUCAACCACCCCAAAGGAAGAGACAACAUCAUCGAGCUUUUCCUCUACCAGCCACAAUACCUCAAUGCUAUUCAGACCAUGUGCCCACACAUACUGCGCUACCUGACCACAGCCAUCAUCACUAACAAGGACGUCCGCAAGCGUAGGCAGGUGCUAAAGGAUCUGGUGAAAGUCAUCCAGCAGGAGUCGUACACCUACAAAGAUCCCAUCACAGAGUUUGUGGAGUGUCUGUAUGUGAACUUUGACUUUGAUAGUGCUCAGAAGAAGCUGAGAGAGUGUGAGGCGGUGCUGGUGAAUGACUUUUUCCUCGUGGCCUGCCUUGAGGACUUCAUCGAAAAUGCCCGCUUGUUCAUCUUUGAGACCUUCUGCCGAAUUCACCAGUGCAUCAGUAUAAGUAUGCUGGCCGAUAAGCUGAAUAUGACUCCCGAGGAGGCAGAAAGAUGGAUUGUCAACCUCAUUCGUAAUGCCAGGCUGGACGCCAAAAUCGACUCCAAACUGGGUCACGUGGUGAUGGGCAACAAUGCCGUAUCACCAUAUCAGCAGGUGAUCGAGAAAACCAAGAGCCUUUCGUUCCGCAGCCAAAUGUUGGCCAUGAACAUAGAGAAGAAGCAGAGCCACGCAAACAGAAAUGAGACUCCAAACUGGGCGGCUCAGGAUACUGGUUUUUAUUGAGUGGACAUUUGUGGGACCGUACACUUCCAUCUAACCUUCCAGAAUUCCCAUACUGCGGCCGAACAUCCUGUUCUCCCUCUUGUGUCCCCGGAAGAAGCGAGACAGAGGCCUUAAUUUUACGCUUGGGUUCAAUGCAUCUGGUAUUAAAUCAAAUAAAAAAAUAAAAAAAUUACAAAACCGUC